AUGGUAACAGGAAAAGGGGUGUUUGCUGAAAGAUCUUUUAACAAAGGUGAAUUUCUUCUGGAGUAUGAUGGGGAUCUUGUUUCUAACAAAGAGGGAAGUAAGAGAUUGGAGGUACACAGCAACACCUUAGGCUGCUAUGUGUUUUUUUUCAAGUAUGGAGGCAAAAGUUUAAGCAUAGAUGCUACUUUUUCUAAACAAAAGGGAAGGUUUGUCAAUGAUGGAGUUGGAGCAGAUGAGAAUGCUGUAAUGAAAAAAAUUGUUGUGGAUAGGAGCCCACAUUUAGUUUUAUUUGCCAUAAGAGAUAUAAAUUCAGGAGAUGAAGUCAGGUAUGACUAUGGUGAUGCAAGUCGAAACCUUCCAUGGAGAAAGAAACCAUUUAAAGGGGAAAAAAAAAAUAUGAUAUUGAAAGAAUGUUGUGUUUCAAUAAGAAGACUGGAGAUUAAAGAUAAUAGUCAUCAAGUGGCAUGCAAUAGAGAAACAUAUACUGACAGUGAUAGUGAUAUUGAGAACUUGACAAGGAAACGUAGAGUUUUGAAAAUACCAUCUGAUGAUGAAGAUGAGGAGAACCAGGAAUUUGACAAAAGUAAUGAGGUUGAACAAGUUUUGAUACAACCAUUAGAAGAUAAGGAAGUUGGCAGUAAUAUUGAGGUUGAAGAAGGUAAUGUGAACUUAAUAUAUCUUACCUGA